AUGGUGGGAGACAAGGCGAGAGGGGAGAUGAACGCCUUUCAGAGAAAUGAAUCCAAGGAAACUUUGUUCACUUUUAUUUCUGCAGGAGAUGAUCCCCCCAAAGGAGACUUUCCUGUUCAGAAAAAAUGCCCGAAACUCUGUGGCUCCAACUACCCCUUAAGCAUUGCCUUCAUUGUGGUCAACGAGUUCUGUGAGCGCUUCUCCUACUAUGGCAUGAGAGCUGUCCUGACACUGUAUUUCUUAAGCUUCUUCCACUGGGAUGAGAAUCUCUCCACUGCUGUGUACCAUGCCUUUUCUGCCCUAUGUUAUUUCACACCUGUCAUUGGAGCCAUCAUGGCAGACUCGUGGCUGGGGAAAUACAAGACGAUCAUCUACCUCUCCAUUGUGUAUGUGAUUGGCCAUCUGAUAAAGUCAGUGGGGGCCAUUCCAUCCCUAGGCAACCAGACCGUUCAUGUGGUCCUGUCUAUGGUUGGUCUGUUUUUGAUCGCCCUUGGAACGGGAGGUAUCAAGCCCUGUGUCUCUGCAUUUGGUGGGGACCAGUUUGAAGAGGAACAUACCUCGGAGAGAAGCAAGUUUUUUUCCAUCUUCUAUUUAUCCAUUAAUGCUGGAAGUUUGAUCUCCACGUUUGUAACUCCUGUAUUAAGAGGGGAUGUGAAAUGUUUUGGAGAGGAUUGUUAUGCAUUGGCUUUUGGUGUCCCAGCAGCACUGAUGGUGUUGUCCCUUGUUGUGUUCAUUGCUGGAAGUGGACUGUACAGGAAAACGCCACCGGAAGGGAACGUCUUACUUGAAGUGUGCAAAUGCAUCGGUUUUGCUAUUAAAAACCGUCUGCAAAACCGCUCCCGGCAGAUUCCAAAGAGAGCUCACUGGCUGGACUGGGCGUCGGAAAAGUACUCAAAACAGCUGAUUGGGGAGGUUAAAAUGGUGACGCGCGUUCUCUUCCUCUUCAUACCGCUGCCAAUGUUCUGGGCCCUUUUUGAUCAGCAGGGUUCCAGGUGGACUUUGCAAGCCACAAAAAUGAAUGCUGAUUUUGGAAUAUAUGUCCUUCAGCCUGACCAAAUGCAGUUCUUAAAUCCACUUCUUAUUCUUGUCUUCAUCCCACUUUUUGACCUUGGGCUCUACCCCCUGAUAAACAUGUGCAAAUUUAAUUUCACACCUAUUAGGAAAAUGGCAACAGGUAUGAUCCUUGCAGGGCUGGCAUUUGGACUUGCAGCCAUUAUAGAAGUCAAAAUCAAUGAAACUGAUAUGCCUCGACUAAUCCCUGGAGAAAGUUUAAUUCGGGUCCUGAAUUUGGCAAAGAAUCCUGUUCAAGUGACAGUCCAAGACCAGGAUCUAUUUCAGCAGCCCGUGAAGGCUUUUCAGGAGCCAGCUGAGUACUCAAAAUUAAUAUUGAAUGGAGAGCAACAGAGCCUUCUCUUCACCCUGCAACAUCAAGGACUGUCUCUUGUUUUUAACUACACCGUGAAGGAAAAAUCAGUAUACAGCUUAAUUAUUUUUGAGGCAGAAGGAGGCCUAUCAAGCCACUUAGUUACAGACUUGGCAGCAAAGCCAGAAAAUGGUUUGGCAGCUGUUAGAUUUAUUAAUGGUUUGAGCCAAGAUGUCAAUCUCACCAUUGACAGCAAACGAUUCUUUGCUGUUCAGAAAAACUACAGCACUUCUGAGUACUUGCUGCUAGAGAGGGACAAAUAUAAUAAUGGAAAAUGCAUAAUUGAAGCAGAAGAGUUCACCCUAGAGCUAGGGCUGCUUGAUUUUGGUGCAUCAUAUACCAUCGUGAUAACUAAUGCUUCUGGAGGUGCUGUUAAGAUAUGGAAAUCAGAAGAUAUCAAAGCCAACAAUGUCCAUAUGGCUUGGCAGUUGCCACAAUACUUAUUAAUAUCUGCUGGGGAGGUGAUGUUCUCCAUUACAGGUCUGGCCUUCUCCUAUUCUCAGUCUCCAGCCAGCAUGAAGUCAGUGCUACAGGCAGGCUGGCUGCUCACCGUGGCUGUUGGAAAUACCCUUGUGCUUGUUGUUGCAGAGGCUGCACCAAUGGCACAGUGGGCUGAAUUUGUCAUGUUCACUGUUCUCCUCUUUGCUGUGUGCAUUAUUUUCUCCAUCAUGGGAUAUUUCUAUGUCAGUGUGGAUCCAGAGGACCUAGAAGAAAAUGAAGAGAAGAGAGAGACCUCAAGCAGAGGAAACAUGAUUAGUCUUGUUACUCAGAAAACAAAACUCUAA